CACUACUUCGUAUAUUCUUUUUCUCUCAAAUGAUAAGCUGAAAACGCCCUAGAAAAAAGGAAAUUAAUUAUUAAAAUUGUAUCAGUCAGAAAACCGGUAAACGAAGAUAUAUAUGUACGGUAGUGAGAGAAAUAGUGGGAUUACUUGACCGCUUUCUGACGUAAUCACGCGCAAACAGCUAUCGGUUCAGUACAUUCCUCGGAGCGCAACCAACGCAACUUUUUGAGAUGCCAACAGGUGUUAACGUACAGUUAAUGCGCAUGUAAAAUUGCAGUGUGAUUUUAACGAAACUACCGUAAAAAUGUUGCGUAGAGGCGCGUGCCAAAUAGCCACUUCGAUACAUUCGAGCGUUAACGCAGAAGUGCACGAAAUUCCGAUGAAUGUGCUUAUCAGGCCAUUCCUGCCCGAGGUAAACGAAGAGAAAGUUCAAAGUUUAAUGAGUGCAUUGAUAAACGUCGAAACAGAACACACGGUACCGCCCAUCGAUGUCUUAUGGAUUAAAGGAACGGAAGGUGGCGACUAUUAUUAUUCUUUUGGUGGUUGUCAUCGUUAUGCUGCUCAUCAACGUUUAGGUAAAGAGUGCAUUAAAGCCAAAAUCAUACAAUCGACAUUAACAGAUUUACGAUGUUAUCUGGGAAAUUCUACUCCGGAUUUGAAAUGACUUAUGAAUGCAUUAUCGACAUUUAUUGUGUGACACGCGUAUAUCUUACAUAUUAUGCACAAGCGUAAAGUUUGUAAUUAUAAAUAUAUGCUAUAUUUAUAUAAUAUAUACGUGUAUUGUAAACAUUAUAUAUAUAUUAUAUAAAUAUUUAUAUAAGUAAAUAUUCACACCAUAUAUUACUACUCAUAUAGAAAUUGAAGGAAUAAAACUUAAGAUAGCUUUCUAACUUAUUACCGUAUGCUGCAAUAUGAAUGUUUAUAUAAAAAAUUGUAUGUUAGUGUCGUCCACAAGAUGUCAAAUAAUUAUUUUUUCUUCUCAAUUUUUACUGAAUUUCUUUUUUCUAUUCCUUAUAUUUACCUUAUGGGGUGGGCAAACAUUUGUCAUUACGUGCAUUUCCAUGCGUCCCUAUUAUGUACUGCCGUCUUACUGGUAGACAUAUUGGAAUUUAUUCCGGAUUAAACUACUGGUCUUAAUGGAGUUAUCAGAAUAAUUUUAAGUUUGAAUAUUUUACGCAACAUUCUACAGUCAUUGUAACAAUUUUGUAACAAUGAGUAAGAUGCAUUACGUUAUAAUAGAAUAUAAUGUGCGUUUAUUGUACAGCUUAAAUUUACUUUAUAGUGCUUAAUGCAUUCUGUUCUAGUGUCGAUCUCAAAAUUUGGUAUAA